CCAUUCUUCGCACUGGAGAGCCACCACUUCAAGGGAAAGGAGUUUGUUUAGGUUCUGCAAUUUGUACAAAAACUGUUAGGAGAUAAGUUGCAGCGCGUAGGCUAUAACAUAAUGUGGAAAUCCGACUUACCACCCAGUUAUGAAGAAUCCAGAAAUCACCCGUACAGCCAUCAACAUGGCAUGUACCCUCAGCCUCCCGGAUAUGGGUACCCAGCCUACGGAGUUCCACCUCAGCCAGCAAUGCCCUAUCCCGGCCAGUCAGGCGCCCAGCCACACUCAGGAAUGAGGCAGGGGCCUGGCUUUCCAUCCAUUAUUCCCACAUUUCUGUCUUCGCCAAAUGCCAACAACAGUCCAAACAUGGGAGAGACCGACGGCUUUGCCUCGGCUGGCGUUUGGGAAAGUCGAUCAGUUCGUCAUGCAUUCAUACGGAAAGUCUACUUGAUUUUAGCAGCUCAGCUGAUUGUCACUGGCUCUAUCGUGGCAGUGUUUGUUUUUGUUCAUCCCGUUCGUCUGUUUGUGGUCCAAAAUCCAGGCGUGUAUUGGGCAUCAUUUGCUCUUUACCUUGUGACCUACCUGGUUCUGGUAUGCUGUGAGGGGCCUAGGAGACGCUUCCCAUGGAAUUUGGUCCUCCUCUCUGUUUUUACACUUGCCAUGGCUUACAUGACAGGGACAAUAUCAAGUUACUAUGACACCAAGGCAGUGUUUCUGGCUCUCAUAAUAACUGCUAUCGUGUGCGUCAUUGUCACCAUCUUCUGUUUUCAAACUAAGGUGGAUUUCACCUCUUGCACUGGGCUCUUCUUUGUCCUUGGCAUGGUUGUACUGGUCACAGGAAUCAUCACAGCUAUCGUGCUCUCAUUCCAAUAUGUACCUUGGCUUCACAUGCUCUAUGCAGCAAUUGGAGCCAUUGUCUACACACUGUUUUUGGCGUACCACACCCAGUUGCUCAUAGGAAACCGAUCUCAUGCAAUCAGCCCAGAAGAGUAUGUAUUUGGAGCGCUGUCGCUCUAUGUUGACGUUAUCCAGAUCUUUGUCUUUCUUUUACAACUCACUGGGUCCUCGUCAGAUUAGUCGGAUGACCCCAUCUCCAAGAAAGAGAGAAAAAAAAGUGUUUUAAAUUACCUCAUGAGUUGGUAGGUCACCUAUCUGAGCAAAAGUGUUUCUAGUAUAAAUAUAUAGCAUGUUGUAUUGGUAACCAUUGCACUUUAUAAUUUAUUGGCAUACUUAAUUAGCAAUAAAACCCAUUGUAACCAGUACUGUCACCUAUUACAUUGUAGCUACCGUAAUUUCCUGACUAUUAGCCACGGCUUAUACAUUGAGUUUGUAAAAUUUCUUCAGCUAUGAGGUUAAUACAGGGGGGCAGUUAAUAUGGUGUUAAUAUGGUUUUGUUUCAUUUAACUUGCAUAAAACACUGUCCUGCGGCUUAUACACAAUGCGGCUUAUAUGCGGGAAAUUACUGUAAAGUUCAGUUUUGAGUCCACUAUUGUUCUUUUGUCAAAUAUGAUAAGUUAUUUGUCAUUUUUACACUUCGCUCUUACUGAAAGACAAAAUAACGUUUUUGUAUUACUAUGGUAAUCUGAUAUAAACAAGAGGAUUGUGGAGUGAUUUUUACGAUUGCACAUUACGAUGUGGACAGUUAUUGCAGCCCCAGCUGUGUUGUGACUGGCUGGGGCACCUGCACCAUACGCCGGUGACCUGGGUUCGCGGCCCGUGGUCCUUUCUGGACUCCACCCCUGCUCUCACUCCUAUUCGCCUCCUGUCACUCUCCACUGUCACUAUGAUUAAAGGCAUAAAAAAGCCCAAAAAUACAGUUGUCGCUGAAAUUGAUGGUAUUCUCCCACAAAAAAAAAUUUGUUCAUUCCAUGUGUAAUGCAAAUUAGACUUCAAUUAUGACAGAAUAUUUUAAAUAAAACUAAUGAAAAUGGCACUGACAAAGAUGGUGGUAUCCUUCACAUAAUGUGUAUUGCACAACCUUUAGAAGCAAAGUAUCCAACAAAGCUUUUUGUAUCUGGUGUUCUUUUCUUUAUCUGGUGUUCUUUUUGUCUCUGUACAUAGAGCUGGUGUGACUGCCAAAAACCUUCAAUUUCGUCUCAUUAAUCCAAAGGCCAUUUCUACAGAAGGACUGACUUGACAAUAUGCAUUUUAUCCAGUUCCAAUCUGGCUAUUUUUUUCUUUUUUUUUUCUUUCAAUGGUGGAGUCAUCCAAGGAGCCCAUUGUUGUCCAAAAAGUGAACAAUGGUGUGACCAGAUACAGAUAUACCUUGACCUGGAGCUCUUUCAAUGGGCAGGCACUAUCUGUCUAUAAAGUCUUCCCUCUUGCAGCCACAUCCAGUGUGGUUGGCUAUUCUCAUGCGCACCUUAAACUUGUUAAUAAGUGCCACUGUAGUCACUCAAACAUAAAGCUGCUUGGAGAUGUUUUGAUAGCCUUUACACUUAUGCUCGUCUAUAAUUGUCAACCUUUUCCUUUGAUUUCCUUGUUCUAUGUUCAUUUAGAUGCACACAAUGUUGCUUUUCUCAAUUUAAAUAGGCCGAAUACCUGAAAACAAGAUCAAAUACAUCUGUAAUACUAAUUAAGAUAAAACUGUUUUAUAUAUAAUUGUAAUUCAGUCAUUUAUAUACCAACAAAU